AUUUGGCUAUCUAUAUAGGAUGACAUCAACAGGCAUCAACUGAACGAAAAGGCCGACAUGGACAUGCGAGUGCUGGCGCUGUUGUUGUGCGUACAGCUGGUGCAGCUGCUGCUGUCGGCCCCGCCGUCGACGGAAGCCAUGAGCAUCCCAGGACCUCCGUACCGGCCUCCGCCGGCGAGAGAAAUGCCCAGAAAGAAACACAGGUACUCCAACUGCAGCUGGAGACCCGGAGGAUGCGGCCCGUUGGGUCAGGUAAUUGCUGUUAUGGAGCAUCGUCCUCCUCAUCCUCCUCCGCCCCCACCACCACCGCCUCCUCCUCGCCCUACUCCAUUUAAAUGUUUUUUGAACGCUGGCUGGAAAUAAUCAAGGAUUUUGAUCAACUUUUUGAAAUCUUGUAUUCAGUCACUUUAACAAAAUAUCAUCAUGUGAUACUGUAAUCCAAUACGUAUUUGUAUCAUGUUGAAGCCUGUUCCGAUAAUAAACGAAUGAGCUGCGGUUGGA